CGGUUGUGAAGGAGUUAACGGGGAGGGCGGAACUCCGCACCGGCCUCAGUAGAUGAUCGCAAUAUUGAUAGCGAGAGGUGAAGCGACGCUACAACGCUCAUCGGAGACAUCAAAACCGACGCUUUUGGAAAUAUUGUUAGGUUGUAACGCAACGGGAUCGGGAUCAUUUUGCAUCUAUACAGAAACGUCACGCGCAUGCGUUUGCGUCCAUCUGGAUGAUACAGACGCGAACGCGAGUGUUGCGCGUCACGCGAAUACUGAAGUGAAGACAAAUGAUGUUGUGAAUUGACUAUAUCAUUUUUUACUGAUGCGCGUCGCGUCAGGUGGAUGAUGAUGAUGCAAGUGAAGUAUUUUCUUAAUUAAUAAUUCUCAAUUCGUCAUUUAUAUGACUUUUAUGACACGGUCAGUCCUGCUGGAUCAGCCUGAGGUGUCCUGGUCACGAGCGCAAUGGUUCUAGUUCAUGGAUCCGCCCUGGUGCGGUUCGAACCUGCAACUUUCGGGUCAGCCUCCUAAGGUGUUUGAGCAGUAGGGCGCAGCGGCAGUCAUGUUGCCCGGGGUGGGGGUGUUCGGCACCAGUCUCACGACUCGGGUCAUCAUCCCUCUGCUGAAGAACGAGGGCUUCUCGGUGAAGGCGUUAUGGGGUCGCACGCAGGAGGAGGCGGAGGAGCUCGCACGCGAGAUGAACGUGCCCUUCUACACUAACCGGAUCGAUGACGUGCUGCUGCAUCAUGAUGUGGACCUGGUGUGUAUCAACCUGCCGCCGCCGCUCACGAGACAGAUCGCCGUCAAGACGCUCGGUAUUGGAAAAAACGUAAUAUGCGACCGCGCCGCGACACCGCUGGAUGCCUUCCGCAUGAUGUCAGCAGCCCAGUACUACCCUAAACUGCUAAGCAUAAUGGGUAACGUGUUGCGCUUCCUUCCAGCAUUUGCUCGUAUGAAGGAGCUCCUGGAAGAAGGUUAUGUCGGGGAACUCUUGGUCUGCGAGGCGCAAGUGCACGCCGGCAGCCUGCUUGGGAAGAAGUACAACUGGAGCUGCGAUGACCUCAUGGGCGGCGGUGGACUCCACUCUGUGGGCAGCUACAUCAUCGACCUGCUCACAUUUCUAACUGGCCGGCGAGCAGUGAAGGUCCACGGCUUCCUCAAGACCUUCGUCAAGCAGACAGACCACAUCCAAGGUAUUCGCCAAAUCACCAGUGAUGACUUCUGCACCUUUCAGAUGGUGCUAGAGGGUGGUGCUUGCUGCACGGUGACGCUCAACUUCAACGUUCCAGGUGAGUUCCGUCAAGAGGUGGUGGUCGUGGGCACGGCCGGUAGGUUGACGGUGUGUGGGACGGACUUGUACGGACAGAAGAACGAAGGCGAAGGUGGACAAGAGCUCUUGCUGAAAGACAACACACCUGUGUGGAACGCAUCCUUACCUGACAAGGCGUUCCGAGACAUCCCGUCGCCUUACCUUACUGGCACCCUCUGUAUGGUUCAGGCAGUACGGCAGGCCUUCCAAGACCAAGACGACCGUCGGACCUGGGACGGUCGGCCGCUCACUAUGGCUGCUACCUUUGAGGACUGUCUAUAUGCACUUUGUGUCGUGGACACGAUCAAGAAGUCCAAUCAAUGUGGAGAGUGGCAGAACAUUGUCGUGAUGACGGAAGAACCGGAGGUCAGCCCAGCUUACCUGAUCAGCGAGGCCAUGCGUCGCAGCAGAAUGUCGCUGUACUGCUAAUGCAACGCGUAAGAUUCUGGAAAAGUGGAAACGCAAGCAAGGUUGAUUGCAGCUAAGCGUUCUUACCGUAAGCAAACAGCAAUAGUUGCUCUCAAACGGAUUAUAAUUAUGAACACCAUCGCUUGCAUAGUCUCGUUGGAUUUACAUGUUUGAGAGACUGGAUACUGUACAUUGUGUUUUCCUGGGAAUACCACACCUUGAAGACAUGCAACCAGUGGAGACUUGCCUUGUCCUUGUUGCAGAGAGUUACAUUUCACCUGAUGGGCUUGACUGCAUCUAUCCUAUGUUUUUGUAGCACAUGUUGGUGUGUCGACCAUUGGUUAAAACAUAAAUUGUUUGGCUGCUAGUCCUUUUAGAGACCUACUACUGGUCAAGUCAUUGAGUAUGCAAUAAAUCUGCCUAGAUAUGCUGUCAAAGCCACGCUUGCUGAAGUACAAGGGCAUGCAUGUGUUCCUACGUCAAACAAACAAAACCAUGCUAAUACAAUCAUUCGCUUCUCUCUGGCUUUGGUUUUGAAGGUACCGAUGGGAUGUUAAGGCCAGCUUCAUGUGUCUGUUUGUGUUUGCAUGCUAGAGCGAAAUCAUUAAAGUAUUUGUGUGGACGUGGACUCCAGCCAUCAACCAAUGACUGGAAUUGCAUGAGAUCUGCACUGACACUGAAAAGAGAUGGCAUAUUUUGUGUUUUACAAGGUAGACUUGGGGCAAAAUGCUGCAAGAAUAUCAAACGUUUCAGUAUCGGUCAAACCACAUAUUAGAAAAUGUGUUGUAUUAAGUCGUUGUC